UCUCUCUCAUACGACUCUGCAAUCAUGUCGUCUGCUUCUGCCUCCUUCAAUUGCCCCAUUCCCGGAUCCAACCCGAUUCCGAAGGCGGGAGAAAUCCACGUGAUUCUGGGCCCCAUGUUCGCCGGCAAGACCACCGCUCUCCUCCGCCGCGUCAAUUCCGAGUCCAACUUGGGAAAAAAUGUUGUGCUGAUAAAGUCGAGCAUAGAUACAAGAUAUGCAGUCGAUGCAGUGGUCACGCACGACGGCACCAAGUUCCCAUGUUGGGCGUUGCCUGAUUUAACGUCUUUCAAGGAUAGAUUCGGAUCCGAUGCCUAUGAAAAGGUGGAUGUGAUCGGCAUUGAUGAAGCCCAGUUCUUUGAUGACCUCUAUGAUUUCUGCUGUGAAGCUGCUGAUCUUGAUGGGAAAACCAUAAUUGUUGCUGGCCUGGAUGGUGAUUAUCUUAGGAGGAGAUUUGGUUCAGUUCUUGACAUAAUCCCACUUGCCAAUACUGUGCAAAAGCUGACAGCAAGAUGCGAACUGUGUGGCAAACGGGCAUUUUUCACCUACAGGAAGACUGGUGAAACCCAGACAGAGCUCAUAGGUGGUUCAGAUAUGUACAUGCCUCUCUGUCGCCAGCACUAUGUAAAUGGAAAUGCUGUAGUUGCUGCUGCAAAGACUGUCAUAUCAUCUCACAAGAUGCAGUGUGGUACUCUGCUAGAAUCCAAGAAAGCUGCAAUUGUUGAGUAGCAUCUUUCUAAUAUUGUAUAUAACAAAUCUUUUUGGUGUGGGGCUUUUGCUUGUCUAAAAUGGUACGGAGUAGUAUUCUACAAAGUCUUGAAUGCUGGAUGAAACAACUCUUUAGAUCAUGUAUGUGUAAUCUAGUUUCCCAUAUUAUAUAUAUACUCCUAUAAUGCAAAUCAACUCUUCUCUGUAUGUUUUU